AUGAGCCGGUCACAUGUCACCAGAGUGACGCGGGCAGAUGCGGAAGUACAACAGACUUCUGUGCGGGCAGAAGUGAGAGGAGAAAAAGCAACAUGGACAGUCAGUGAUCAGUUGUCACUGUAUUUAAUUAAGAGAUGGUGCAUGUAUGUGUGUUUUCCCGGAAUCCUUUACCCGUUUUCACACAAUUGCAAGGCGAGACGCAUUGUACAGGUGGUCCUCCCGAGUGACAACUCUCACCCCGCAUUUUACAACCACACACACACACACACUGUAGUUUCACUGGAGCAAUGUUCCACCAAAACUACCCGGGCAAAGCGUUUGUCAGCCGAUUGAUUCUCCUCCGUGUCCGGUUUAAUGAACGCCUCGUGACAAUGUCAAUACCGAGCCCGAGGCCACCGGGGGACAGCGGCACGCCACGGAUCGACGCGGGCGGGAGUGAGGCGGACCCCGGCAGCGACGCGGUGGCAAGCGGCGCGGGGGGCGGGAGCGACCGCGCCGCCGGAAAGUUCACGGAGGAGGAGAUGGCCGUCUAUAGAAUCCAUAGGGAGGCAUGCGAGGCAAAGAAGCAGAUGUAUGUCGACCCUUCCAGUGGGUACAAGGUGUUCACAGAGUAUGCCCACCUUCAGAGAGGGAAAUGCUGUGGCAACGCAUGCAGACAUUGUCCGUAUGGCCAAGUCAACGUGAAGGACCCCGGAAUGAAGAAACAGUUUAAUUCUUUAUUUUAUGUAUAGUCCAAACAGACUCGUGCCCAAGGUAAAAACAUAAGACCCUGUAUAGAAUGGAACGCACUGCUUGUCUUCUGCCUGUCGUUAUUUGGACUACUUGAGUCGUUUUUUAGCAGUGUACUAAAUGAUGAAAUAUGGGUAGUGUCUAUGCAAUACUUACCUCCUGUGAAUCAUAACCAUUCUUAGGAUUAUUUUCAUUCUCACAAGACAAGGAAGGAUGAGGAAAGGGUUAGUGCACCAGAACCUCAUGUAAAAUAGUCUUAUAUAACAUUUUUGUUUUGUUACGUUUUUAAGAUAUGUUUCUCGAAUGUCCGAUGUAAUACCUUGCGUUUCAUUUUUAGCUUCUCUUUAGGAGAGUUGAAUAUUUUUUGGUAUUCGGCUCCUCAGAUGCAUUUACAAGGGUUAUGGGAGUAUGGAGAUGAAAACUGAAAGAGCAUUUUAGAUCUUUGCCCUCAAGAUAAAGGGCAUAUAAGUACAGUAACUGUAGAUAGUCAGAUGGAGUCCUGUGCUCUUUUGGUUUGCAUCUCUUGUUAUUUUUACUGCAUGAAUAUUAGAAUCAUUCACACUCCACAAGUGCUCAACUGACCUGUCUACCUUUGACUGAAAUACUGUGCUGUUAAAAAUAGGCAUGGGCCAAGGGUCAGCCCUCACACUUGGCUGCGCUGCUUUUACACCACUUGAUGGAAUCAGGCUGUUAACAAACACGCCAUGGACAUCAACAGCAGCCCUCCCCACCGGACUCGCAGCUCAGCCUCCCGGCAACACUUGGCUACAGCAUAGCUCCCUGCAGCCGCUCUCCUGAGCUGUAGCCUAAUGAACUCCCGGGCCCUCUUAUCCCCGCACUGCAAUAGAUCAGCUCAUGUUCAGGAGCCUGCUUAGACGCACACAUGCAUAGGCAGGCUUACUCCGUCAGAAUACCCUGUGGCUCCUAAUAGGCCAAUAUAGAAUAAAGGUUGCACUAAACACUGCACUUUGUAGCCCACAGUAAUAGUAAAAGGUAGGGUCAAGUGCUUAUACAGCACUACCUGUGCGUGCGAGAGAUGUUGAGGAAAGAUGUGCCGCUUGAUUUGUGAGUGCAUGUGGGUAGACAGCACGAUGCCUCCGGGCGCUGGCUCUGAACCUGCCACACACACUCGCCCGUCUCCGCCUGAUUGGGCAAACAGCGUUGGGAUGAGAGGAUGUGUCUGCCGCGGAAUUCUGUCGCAGCCGCCUACUGGCGCGACCACAAUUUUCCUCGGCAGGUGGGUCCCAAAGGCAAGUGCUUAGUGAUCGGAGCAAAGCCCUGUGAGCGGCUACAAGGAGAUUCAUGAUCCCAACAGUGCUGGGGAGGACAGGUUCUUGGGGACGCGUCGUCAGGCGGGAUGAGAGGCGAAUUUAUUUGGUGUUAUUCUAAACCGAGGCAGCGGAGCGUGCGGCAGCAACAUUUCUACAGCGGGACGGUGAAGGUGUCACACUCAUCAAGUACCUGGGCCCGCUUGCCUGCCGCGGCUCUGCGGGUUUUGCCUAGGGACUUGUCUGUCACAUUAAAGUAGAUGCGUUGCCAUUCAGGGCCUCGGCGGUCCCGCAGCCUGACCAUGAAAUAGGCCAACUUUCAUGUCUGCCUCAUCCCUCCACGUCUUCCCAAUCCAGUGAUGGCACAGUUUUAAAUGUUUUUUUUUUUUUUUUUUUUCAUCAUGUUCUAGCCCUAGCAGUUGGUGACUUAGACACAAACAGCACAGCAAUCCUUUCGACAGAUUUAUGGAGAAAUUUACUUGAAAAUCUACUCCUCAUACCACCAGACUGGUCAAUCGCGGUAUUAAAGUAUGUUUAGAAACGGUACUUUUUGUCAGGCAUUUUCUUGAAGGGAGCUCCCUUUAAAUGUAUGAUUGAUAGAUGACAUGUAUGUACAAAAUGAGAAAGAAUUUAACCAAAAACAGUCUAAUCAUCCAUGUUUUUCUGAUAUUUCUUCUCCUGCAGAUUUGUUUAAAGUAACAAAUUAGCCUAUAGCUAAUUUUAUUUUAUUUGACAAGUUUAUAAUAUUAAUGAUGCUACUGAAAAAUGCCUUAAUCUACUUUAUUCAUGAAUGAAUUCAUUUUGUUGAU